AUGGUAACGCCACCAUUGGAAGAAGAUGAAAGAGGAAGCAAUAGCGUCAACCAAAAGCAAAUGAAUGAGACUAUCGCAACCGAGGUAGCCAGAUUAGUGGCUCAGCAGUUAGAGGCCUUUAAACUUGAUCAGGAAAAUUCGAGAAGAGCACGUAAGGAACGUGAUAAGCAAAGUCAAGCAGAUGCUAGCCAUCACUCCGACUACUACAGUCAUUCUUCUAAGACAAGUAGUCACCGACGAAGAAGAAGUGCUAGAGAUGAGCGAGUGAUUCCUAGAGAUAAUCUAGCUGGAGUGAAAGUUCGUAUUCCUUCUUUCCAAGGCAGCAACGACCCUGAGGAAUAUCUUGAAUGGGAAAAGAAGAUGGAACUCGUCUUCAAUUGUCAUGAGUACACUGAAGAGAACAAAGUCAAAGUUGCACCUACCGAGUUCACCGGGUAUGCACUAAGUUGGUGGGAUCAGCUAACUCUCACUAGGAAGCGUGUAGGAGAUUUUCCAGUAGAGACUUGGAAUCAGAUGAAGCAUCUUAUGAGGAAAAGAUUCGUGCCAAGUCACUAUCAUAGAGAGCUACACCAUCGGCUGAGAAACUUGGUACAAGGCAAUAGGACCGUUGAAGAGUAUUUCAAGGAGAUGGAAACUUUGUUGAUAAGAGCUGAUAUUCAAGAAGAUCCAGAAGCCGCCAUGUCUAGAUUCAUGGGAGGAUUAAACCGAGAUAUUGCUGACAAAUUGGAGGUUCAAAAUUAUGAGGAGCUAGAGGAAAUGAUGCACAAGGCAAUUAUGUUCGAAAAACAACUUAAAAGGAGAAGCUCCAAGUCGAGUUUUGUUCCGGAAAAAUCUAGCUAUCACCGAGAAGUGAAGUCUGGAACUUCAAGAGAUUACAAGCCGUUUGUCAAGCCCAAGGUUGAGAGUGUGGAUCUUAAAGGAAAAAGUACUAACGUUGCACCAAGGACAAGAGACAUUAAGUGCUUUAAGUGUCACGGCAUUGGACAUUAUGCUAGUGAAUGCUCCAACAAGAGGGUUAUGAUCAUCAUGACAAAUGGGGAAGUUGAAUCUGAAGAUGAGAAGCCUAAGGAAAGACAACUUGAAGAUGAAUCAUCGGAGGAAGAGUAUGAAUCAGCCACUAAAGGACAAAUGAUGGUGGGAGUCGCCAUGAGAGCUUUGAGUGUCAUCACGAAAUCUGAUGAGCAAGAACAAAGAGAGAACUUGUUCCAUACAAGGUGUCUGGUUAAGGAUCAGAUUUGCAGCGUGAUCAUUGACGGUGGAAGCUGUACAAACGUUGCUAGCGUGACUAUGGUUGCGAGACUUGGGUUGCAAGUAAUCAAGCAUCCGAAACCAUACAAGCUGCAAUGGCUGAAUGAAAAUGGCGAAAUGGCUGUGGAUAAUCAAGUCAAGGUACCUCUAUCAAUUGGAAAAUAUGAGGAUGAGGUCUUAUGUGAUAUUUUGCCAAUGGAAGCUAGCCAUAUACUGUUGGGAAGACCAUGGCAAUCGGAUAGGCAGGUUAUGCAUGAUGGUUUCACGAAUCGGCAUAAGUUUGAGUUCAAAGGAAGAAAAACCGUGUUGCUACCUAUGACCCCUCAUGAGGUUUACCAGGAUCAGUUGGUCAUGAAGAUGGGUAGAAAGAAAGCUAUCAAACCAUCUAACCUUGCUAUUGUGCCGAAUAUCCCAAAGGGAAGUGAUCUCCAUAAACCGAACUUACUUUUUGUUUAUAAAGAAACGCUUAUGAGUAUCACUAACCCUGAGCAGGAAAUCCCUAGCACUCUUAAACAUGUAUUACAGGAAUAUAGGGAUGUGUUUCCUGAGGAGAAUCCGGAGGGAUUACCACCCAUUAGAGGCAUAGAACAUCAAAUCGAUUUUAUCCCGGGAGCCUCAUUGCCAAACAAACCAGCUUAUAGAACUAAUCCCGUGGAGACUAAGGAACUAGAAAAGCAAGUCACGGAACUCAUGAAGAAAGGACACGUCCGUGAAAGCAUGAGUCCAUGUGCUGUGCCCGUACUACUAGUACCUAAAAAGGACGGAAGCUGGAGGAUGUGCGUCGAUUGCAGAGCCAUCAAUAAUAUAACGGUUAAGUAUCGCCAUCCCAUACCUAGAUUAGAUGAUAUGCUAGAUGAGUUACAUGGGUCUUGCAUCUUUUCUAAGGUUGACUUAAAAAGCGGGUAUCAUCAGAUUAGGAUGAAGGAAGGGGAUGAGUGGAAAACCGCAUUUAAAACUAAGCAAGGGUUGUAUGAAUGGUUAGUGAUGCCAUUCGGGCUUACAAAUGCACCUAGUACAUUCAUGCGAUUAAUGAACCAUGUUCUUAGAGCAUACAUAGGGCAUUUUGUGGUUGUUUACUUUGAUGACAUCUUAGUUUAUAGCAAAAACUUAGAAGAUCAUGUUCAGCAUUUGCGUAAGGUGUUAGAUGUGCUUAGAACGGAGAAACUCUAUGCCAACAUGAACAAGUGUACUUUUGGAACGGAUAACUUGGUCUUCCUAGGUUUUGUUGUGAGUGCAGAUGGUGUUAAAGUGGAUGAAGAGAAGGUAAAAGCAAUUAAAGAAUGGCCUAGUCCAACCUCCGUAGGAGAAGUGAGGAGCUUUCAUGGACUUGCGGGAUUUUACCGAAGAUUCGUUAAGGACUUUAGCACCUUGGCUGCUCCGCUUACUGAAGUUAUCAAGAAGGACGUUGGAUUUAAGUGGGAAACGGCUCAAGAAGAAGCAUUUCAAACCUUGAAAGAGAAACUUACUCAGGCUCCUAUCCUUUCCCUACUUGAUUUUGUUAAAACUUUUGAAAUCGAAUGUGAUGCAUCGGGUGUUGGUAUUGGUGCUGUGUUGAUGCAGGACAAGAAGCCUAUAGCUUAUUUCAGUGAAAAGCUAGGAGGAGCGACACUUAACUAUCCAACCUACGACAAGGAACUCUACGCUUUGGUGAGGGCUUUACAAACGUGGCAACACUAUCUCUGGCCAAAGGAGUUCGUGAUCCACACCGACCAUGAGUCUCUAAAACAUCUCAAGGGACAACAAAAGCUUAACAAGAGGCAUGCUCGGUGGGUAGAGUUCAUUGAGACAUUUCCCUAUGUCAUCAAAUACAAAAAAGGUAAGGACAAUGUCGUGGCCGACGCAUUGUCCCGGAGGUAUGUGUUACUUUCAUCUUUGGAUGCCAAGUUACUUGGUUUUGAACACAUUAAAACUCUCUAUGAGAAUGAUUCUGAUUUUGGAAAAAUAUUUGCUGCUUGUGAGAGAUUUGCAUUUGGGAAAUAUUAUAGGCAUGAAGGAUACUUGUUCUAUGAUAACCGUUUGUGUGUUCCUAACUCGUCUUUGAGAGAUUUGUUUCUAAGGGAAGCACACGGUGGAGGAUUAAUGGGACACUUUGAUGUGUCUAAAACUUUACAAGUCAUGCAAGAUCACUUUCAUUGGCCACAUAUGAGGCGAGAUGUUGAGAAAAUGUGUGAGAAAUGUUCAACUUGUAAACAAGCGAAAGCUAAGUCGCAACCCCACGAUGGAAAAAAGAAAGCAGAGUUGGUUCACCGAAUCCAUGAGGCGGCAAGGAAGAAUAUAGAGGACAAGACAAAACAAUAUGCCAAGUAUGCUAACAAGGGCCGCAAGGAACUUAUCUUCGAGGAAGGAGACUUAGUUUGGAUUCAUCUCAGGGCACAAUGGAAUCAAGGAUGCAGGGCACCAAGGAUGGAGAGCACAAACGUGCACUAA